GAGAAGAUGAGAAAGAUAUGGGAAGGAAAGCCGAUGCAUGGUCAGUAUCCAACUAGGGUGAAUAAGCCAGAUGUUGAAAAAGAAAAGACCCACAAAUGGCUUAAGAGUCCUGGACUCAAAGGAGAAACUGAGGGAUUACUAGUCGCUGCACAGGACCAAAGCUUAGCAACAAGAUCAUACCACAAUAAGAUCAUCAAAGACGGCACUGACCCCAAAUGUAGGAUGUGCAAUGAAUUCGAGGAGAUUAUUGACCAUAUCGUGGCUGGCUUUCAAGUGCUCGCAAAAACGGAAUAUAUACAGCGACAUGACAAAGCAGCAGGGUACCUCCACUGGAGAAUAUGCAAGCAUUACCAUUUCCCAGCUGCAGACAAGUGGUAUGAGCACAAACCCGAGAAAGUGACUGAAAACGAAACUGCCACUAUAUUAUGGGACGUACCUGUGAACACAGAAAAAAAGAUAAAAGCUAAUAGACCUGACAUAAUUAUCAAAGACAAAAGAAAAACAUGCAUUAUUAUUGACAUGAGUAAACCAUCUGAAAGAAAUGUAUCGAUUAAAGAAGUAGAGAAGCUGUCCAAGUAUAAAGACCUUGAAAUUGAAGUGACAAAAAUGUUGGGAAUGAAAACAUCCACAGUUCCAAUUGUAGUGGGAGCACUUGGACUCAUCAAGAAAUGCCUUGAGAAGAACGCAAGUCAAAUCCCUGGCAAUAUACGGAUUGAAGAAUUGCAGAAGAUUACUCUCCUCGGAAGCGCCCACAUCCUGAGAAGAACCUUGUCCAUCAAGUGAACACUGCUGUUUCCUUAGGGUCAUGGACUGACCUUGGCACAGUGGUGAAAACUGUACAGCAUUAUAAGCAAAGAACAAUAAUAAUAAUAAUGGAAACUUUUCAUUUUGAAUUCCAGUUAAAACUACAAUUACAAAUCUCAUUAUUACAAUGUAAUUUUUAACUGGCUAUCCUAUUUUUACAAAAAAAGACUAUUACAAUCGUAGUAAAGAGAAAAGAAAAAAAAACGUUAAAAGGGGAGUAGCUCUGGAUUAGUCCAUGUUUUGUUCCUACAGCAAAAAAUGUAAUAGGUGGUACGAAUGGAUAUCGUAGAAAGCUUAGAAAUGAGAUAUCGCUUGUGUUGAUCAUCGAUGGAAAUAGAGUCACACAUUUCAAGGAAUGAGCUGCAUGAAUCGCCGAAGAUGCCAAGAGGGCUGAUGGAGAGAUUUACAAAUAUGACAGAUUUGAACCUUGGUCUUAGAUCUGAGACAAGGCGAGCAUAUUUUAAACGUUUCCUUUCUGCAUUGCAGUUAAGCUUAGUUUCAAAUCCUAUCGUUAGUUCCAAAACAUAAAGAAUGUUUUCCUUUGUACGCAGAAGUAGAUCUGGGCGCAGAUUGUCUCCAGUUAUGAUGGAUGGUGAGGAGAAGCCAGGUAUAUCGGCAAAAAGAGAGGAUCCCUCUAUUGCUUUCAAGGAGGUUGCAAAAAAAUUUAGAGCAGAAUUAUGACGCCAGGUAUAACGACCUUGUUCGAAAUAAACUUUGCAGCCUGCAACGACAUUGAGUAAAGUUUCGGGAAGAAGGCAGAAUUCGCAAUCAGAUGAUUGGCUUAGGUUCCAAAGGCUUAUUUUUUGGGCGUAGGGAGAGUAUUGUUCAGGUACUUGAUGGUGAAGUUGAAGAUGUUCGUGGGUAGGUUGCUCUGCACAACAGACCAAAGACCAUUGAGCUUUUUAAGAGAGUGGUCCAACAGAAAUGAAAUAAUAGCACCCUGGGAUAGUAAUUGGUGUGCCAAGCGCUCUCUACUGUCUGAUUUUACUGCUUUCAGUACAUCUUUGUUACGGUAAAUGUCGUAUUGCAGAUUCAUCCCACUACUGGUGUUUUUCCAUAAAGCUUGAAUGUUUGUGUUAGGAGAAGUUCGGAGGGCAUUGCGUGAAACAGUUUGGCAUUGAGUGAAUUUGACAGAAGGUAGCUGAAGAUCGAGACCAAAUUGAUUUUUAGAAAGAACUAUACUAGUUAAAGUAGCACUUAUGGGAAGAUCAAGCCACUGGCGAAUGUAUUUAGAGACAAGAUUAUCGAGGUUCUCAAUGACCCAGGUCUUCGAUAGGUCUGCAACAGUGAAGUGCCAAGAAACUUUGGACAAUACAUAUCUGUGGUACAAUAGAAGUUUAUUUUUGGGAUGCAGAGGCAAGUCAUCAAUUUCUUUCAGAAGGCUGGGAAACAUUGAUAGCAGUUUUUCUUUAUGACUGCCAUUGGUCAUU